AUGCAGCAACAAAUUAACAACUUAGUUAAGAAAAAUUAUGCGACCAAGUUACCGAACGAAGCUAUAAAUGAUCGUGGUGACAAAAUUUGGUAUUUGCCGGUUUUUAUUGUCCGCAAUCCGCACAAGCCAAAUAAAAUUCGACUUGUGUGGGAUGCAGCCGCAAAAUCUAGAGAUGUAUCCCUAAACAAUUUCUUACUGAAAGGGCCAGAUAUGUUAACUCCACUAGUAAAUAUAUUAUUCAACUUUCGAAUGGGUAGAAUCGCAAUAUGCGGUGAUAUCGAAGAAAUGUUCCACCGCAUUAAGUUACGACACCCAGACGCAGAUGCUCAGCGUUUUCUCUGGCGUACUAACAUGAAUGAUCCGAUAAACGUUUACAGGCUCAACGUUUUAAGUUUUGGUGCUUCUUGUUCUCCAUGUAUAGCGCAUUACGUGCGAAACCUAAAUGCUUCGGUACACGCUGCUCAAAAUUCUCAGGUAGCGUGUGCAAUAAAGAAUCACCAUUACGUCGAUGAUUUUAUUGAUUCGACUCAAACCGUCGACGAAGCUAUCAAAUUGGCAAAAAAUGUUCGAGAUGUUCACUCUAAAUGUGGUUUCAACAUGCGUAAUUGGUCAAGCAAUUCGCCAGAUGUUUUAGCAGCGCUUAAUGGAGAUGGGGAGCCACAACUUAGAUCAUUUGACUGCAGUAAGGAUGUCAUAAAUUUCGAAAAAAUACUUGGUAUGUACUGGGAACCAAAAUCCGAUACAUUCAGCUACGUGUUCAAAUUUGUUCGGCUUAAGCGCAACGUAUUCGCGGACAGGGUCGUCCCUACAAAGAGAGAAGUAUUGCAAGUGCUCAUGUCAGUUUUCGAUCCGCUGGGACUAGUAGCUUGCUUAACUUCAUAUCUAAAGAUUCUUAUUCAAGAUAUCUGGCGAAGUGGAAUAGACUGGGAUCAACCGUUAAAUUAUGAACUUUCAUUGAAAUGGAAAACUUGGAUUGAAUACAUUCCCGUUAUUACUAGCGUGUCGGUACCGCGUUGCUACUCUCCACUCCUUUACGAGGAUGACUGUAAAGUACAACUGCAUACGUUCGUAGACGCAAGUGAAAAUGCAUACGCAGCCGUAUCAUAUUUUCGUAUUGAAGCUGGUGGUCACAUCGUCAGUAGGUUGGUAGCAGCUAAAGCAAAGGUCGCACCGUUGCGCCCGCUCUCAAUACCACGACUGGAACUACAGGCUGCGGUAAUUGGUGCACGUUUAACAAACAUGGUUGAGGAAGCACAUCGUAUAAAAUUUGAAAAGCGUUGCAUCUGGAGCGACUCAAAAACCGUUCUAAAGUGGCUUCAUGGUGAUCCGCGUAAAUUUCAACAAUUUGUAAUGUUUCGUAUUGCUGAAAUCCAAGAAGCAACUGCUAUCAGUGAAUGGCGUUGGAUACCAACAAAAAUGAAUGUCGCUGAUAUUGCUACGAAAACGAAGCCUUGCAUUGAGGUAGCUCAUCAAUGGAUAAAUGGUCCCGCUUUCCUUACUUUACCUACUAAAGAGUGGCCGGCACAAGAAGAUCUGGGUACGGUGAACACUAGCGAAUUUCGAACUAAGCUUCUAAUUCACAACGUGCGAAAGGUAAAUAUCAACUUUGAAUAUUUUUCGAAUUGGCUUCGACUAUAUAGAGCUAUAGCAAACUGUGUGCUUUACAUCGAAAAACUUAAACAACGGCUCCAAAUCACAUCGGAAGGCAGUCAUCUAACCGCAUGUCAUUUUCGGCGUGCAAAACUGUUUAUUUUUAAGACAAUCCAAAUGGAACAUUUUGACGACUGGUCAUUGCUUAAAGUUGGUAAGCCUGUAUGUAAAACUGGUCCGCUACGAAACCUGCAAGUUUAUAUGGACGAUGAGCAUCUCAUUCGCGUGAAAAAUAGGGCAACAUAUUUUCAGUCAUGCGACCAGCCUCAACGUGAUUUCAUUGUUCUACCACCUGGUCAUCGAGUAACCUAUCUUAUAGUAGAUCACUAUCAUCAACGCUUUUACCAUAUUCAGCACGAGACAGCCUUGAAUGAGGUAAGACAAUUGUUUUUUAUACCAAAACUGCGAUCGUUAUUUAAAGCUGUGAGGCGAAAUUGCCAAGUAUGUAAAAUCGCGAACGCCGCUCCUCAAGCUCCACAAAUGGCACAAUUACCCAUAGCCCGGCUUGCCGCAUUCUCUCGUCCCUUUACGUAUGUUGGAAUCGAUUAUUUUGGGCCGAUCUUAGUUACUGAAAACCGCAAGGCGAAGAAGAGGUGGGGAGUAUUGCUGACCUGCCUGACAAUAAGAGCUAUACACAUAGAAAUAGCCCAUUCUCUAAGUACUGACUCCUGUCUAAUGUGCUUGCGAAAUUUCAUUGCUCGCCGUGGCUGCCCUGUUGAAAUAUAUAGCGAUAACGAACGUGAACUUGCUCACAAAGGUAUCGCCUGGAAGUUUAAUCCACCAGCUGCACCUCACAUGGGGGGAGCAUGGGAACGCCUAAUAAGAACAAAAAAGGCAGUGCUGUAUAAGAUCUCGCCGUCGCAGAGAUUCUCUGAUGAAAGUUUACGUUCGGCUUUGCUGGAGGUGGAGAUGAUCAUUAAUUCUCGACCGCUGACAUAUCUAUCGCUCGACUAUGAGGACCAGGAACCGAUUACCCCAAACCAUUUUUUAUUGGGCAGUUCAAAUGGAGCCAAGCCGUUUUGUAAACCUGAAGAAAUUAGCUUAAAAAUGAAUUUACGUCAAAGCGAGAUGUUUGCGAAUUUAUUCUGGCGUCGAUGGGUACGUGAAAUGAUUCCAUCACUUACACGUCGCAGUAAAUGGUUUGAAAAAGUGAAACCCAUAAGCGAGGGUGACAUCGUAUUGAUUGUCGAUGAAAACGCAGAAAGGAACACUUGGCUAAAAGGUAUAGCCGUCGAAACAACGAUGGCAAAAGAUGGACAAGUAAGGCGUGCUAAAGUAAAAACGAGGCAAGGUGUUUUAGAACGACCAGCAGUAAAGCUUGCAGUGCUCGACAUCGGCAAAGACAAGGCAAGCUCCGAAGAUUCGUCCGCUUACCGGGGGGACAUUGUUGCCGACUUAAGCAACCCGUAA